ACCUUACCUGCCAGGAAAAUUACAGGUAGAUGAUACCUUGGCCAUGAGACCUAGUCACCUGAAACAUUUAUGUCCUGGCUAAUUACCACUGUACCGUGUCCAUGUCCUUGAGUGUGAGCCUAAGAAAUGUCAAGCACGCGAUGAAGUCGUGACUGUCGAAAAAUGUUUGAUGCAAACACGUUGAGUUUCAAGUGAUGCCAAUCAAAGGCCCCCAACCACCUUACUUUAUCAGGUGCUCUGAAUUGGAAAAUCUGUUGGCAAUCAAUAAAAAGGUAGAGGAAAGCAUAGCUUUGACAUAUUAUGCAGACGUAUAAUUUUAGACACGAAUGGGAGCAUUUUGGCCGAGUUUUCGGAACCACCCACACCCUACUCCUACUCCUCAUCGAACAGGUGAACACUCGGGCGGUCUGUCGUCCGUGGCAACGUUCGUUAUGAAAACUAAACGAAAACAAAUGCGCCCAAAGACAGCGGCAACAGCGCUGGCGAGACAACAUGCUCUGAAAAUUGGAAAAGUCAGACAGCGGAUACAUCCGUGGACAGCGACGUCGGCAAGUUGGGGACAGCCGAGUCAGAUUCCAUCGCCGGAUAAGGAUCCCACGCAUUUUCCACCUCCACCAGCAUCAGUAUUAAACCUCUCUAGAGUCCAUAUUUAGUCCUUAACCGACAGUAGCUCCAGCAAACGGCUACGCGGACUCGGUCACGGCAACACUCGACGGCAUACUGGGGAACUGCAUAGACAUCGACUCGGUGGCCGUGGUGCAGCACAAGCUGGUGCACAGAAUUGUAGGUGGCAAGAUGUCGCCGCCCGUGCUGUACUACUUGCCGCCCAGUCCGCCCUGCCGCAGCAUUCUCCUGCUGGCCAAGAUGCUCGACCUUGACUUUGAACUGAAGAUCGUCAAUAUCCUAGAGGGGGAGCAACUGAAACCGGAUUUCGUGGCCUUGAACCCCCAGCACUGUGUACCGACAAUGAACGAUGAGGGUCUGGUGUUGUGGGAGAGUCGAGCCAUUCUUUCAUACUUGGUGGCAGCUUAUGGUAAAAGUGACGAACUGUAUCCCACGGACAUACGAGUAAGAGCUUUGGUUGACCAGCGUCUCCACUUCGACCUGGGAACACUCUAUAUGCGACUCACGGACUACUAUUUCCCUACAAUGUUUAUUGGAGCUCCCUUGGACGAGGGAAAGCGCGCCAAACUGGCGGAGGCCGUGGGCUGGCUAAACUCAAUCUUGGAGGGAAGACAAUAUGCCGCCGCCGAUCACUUCACCAUCGCAGAUCUUACCUUAUUGGUGACUGUUUCCCAGUUGGAAGCCUUCGAAUUCGAACUGCGACCGUAUAAACAUAUCCGCCUGUGGCUCGAUCGUUGCAAGGAACACAUGGCACCAUUUGACUACGAGGAGUUGAAUGUAAGCAAGGCCAAUCUUCUGGCUGAUAUGUUCAAGGCCAAGAUGAGUCAAUAGACAGGCUCCUUAUACCUUGGAGUAGUGUUAUUCUUAAUAAUUUAUAUACAGUAUCAGUUGUGUAAGUGUUGUAUUAAAUAAACGUGUUGUUCUAAAAAUCAA